UUUCUCAAUGAGUUAGAGCGUCAGAAUGGACACAUUGCAAGUGUGUUCGCAGAGUCAAACAACCGGAAGUAGCAAGACAUCAAGUCGUGCCGCAUCACCGUGUCGCUCUGAUCAAAGUAAUAAUUAGGAAUAUGUGUGGUUAAACUAAAAGAAAAGAAAAGAAAAACCUCCACCACAACACCACCGCUAUCAUCUUGCUUUUUAGUCCACUAUCUAUUCUGCAGACCUUUUUUUGUUUCCUCUUGCUUAACACAAUUGGCUAUUAUAGCAGCAGAAAAGAACCAAAAAAGAAAAAUUGACUUCUCAAGAGAGAGAGACUGGAAAAGAUGGUGCUUGGGUUGAAGCGACUCAUGCAAGUUGUCUAUAGCUUAAGUGUUUUAGAUCAUGAUGAUAGAGGAUCUGUGUGGUAGCGAAGUGAAUUGAGAAUAAGACUUUCCAUAUUCUUCCUCCCCCCAAAAACACUCUUCCCGCCAUAAAUCACACACUCACAGUGUCCAGAGAUCGUGACGCCACAGACUCUGCCUCGGGCGGAGGAGGAAUGCGCUUCAGGAACCAGAGUCCGUCCACGCACAGGCGCAGCAGAGAGCGGGAGCGAGGCGGUGCUGACAAGUCACAGAGGGACACGGAGAGUGGAGCUGAAGAUCGUGGCAACAUGACGGCGGAUCAUUCGGACAUUUUUGACGAUUCUCGGUUGUCUGGAACCGAGGAAAUUGGUUACCAGACAUUUGCCGGCACAGAGGAGAUCAUAGAUGGACAACAGAUGUCCGGUCACGGUGAAGGGCGGCACCAUCAGAGGACCAAUAGUUGCCAGGCCUUGGAUCGACUCAACACCAAAAUUGCCUGUACUAAAGAGUCAAUUAGAAAGGAACAGACUGCUAGAGAUGACAAUGUCAAUGAGUACCUGAAAUUAGCGGCCAACGCGGACAAGCAGCAGCUGCAGCGAAUCAAGGCGGUGUUCGAGAAGAAGAACCAGAAGAGUGCCCACACGAUAUCGCAGCUGCAGAAGAAGCUGGAGUCCUACAGCAAGCGCGUGAAGGAUCUGCAGAGUCAGCGGACGCAGCAGCAGAGCCAGCACCAGAGCCAUCGUCAGCCGCGUGAGGUGCUCAGAGACGUUGGUCAGGGCCUCAAGAAUGUCGGUGGCAACAUUCGCGAUGGCAUCACAGGACUCGGUGGUUCUGUCAUGUCCAAACCGAGAGAAUUUGCCCAUCUGAUUAAGAACAAAUUCGGCAGUGCAGACAAUAUCAAUCAACUAUCAUCAACCUGGUACACAGAUCCCGAGCUCAACACCCUCAAUCUGGCCGGCAUGGAGGCGCAAUUGGGCGCUGGUGGCACUUCGACGCCCAACAACACCAUGAUCGUGACGAUGCCGCCGACGAAUCAGGCCAGCACCGCCGGAGGAGGCAGUGGCAAGUUCAACAGUGAGAACGACAGCGAGUGCAGCAGUGUCACCAGUGACAGUCUGCCAGCUGGAUCGGGGAAGAACCAGCUGGGAGCCAACACAGUCGUCCUCAAGGCCAUCAUAGCUGAGCUGCAGGAGCGCCGGGAUGAGAGUGAGAAGCUGCGCGAGAAGAUGGAGCGCUUCGAGACGAUGCAGAAGGAGUUGUCCGAUCUGGCAUUGGCGCUCGAGACGGAGCGCUACAGGGCGGAGCGCCUCGAGGAGCAGGUGAAUGAUCUAACGGAGCUGCACCAGAACGAAAUUGAGAACCUCAAGCAGGCCAUGGCGGACAUGGAGGAGAAGGUCCAGUAUCAGAGUGACGAAAGACUGAGGGAUGUGAAUGAGGUGUUGGAGAAUUGUCAGACGAGGAUAUCGAAAAUGGAGCACUUGUCGCAGCAACAAUACGUGACUGUGGAGGGAAUUGACAACUCAAAUGCCCGGGCGCUUGUUGUGAAGCUGAUCAACGUUGUCCUCACAGUUCUGCAAGUGGUGCUACUGCUUGUGGCAACGGCGGCAGGGAUUAUUAUGCCAUUCUUGAAAACGAGAGUUCGUGUCCUCACGACAGUCUUCUUCAUCCUAGUGAUCAUCUUUGUGAUACGCCAGUGGCCAGACGUUAGAGAUAUCGGUUCUCACAUGGUGCGACACUUGAAGGAGUCUCUUGUUGUCAAAUAGACAUGAUCAUUGUGGUCCUGUGAUCAUUUCAACAUUUCCGGGUUUAUAAAUAAUAAUAACUAUAAAACUAACUAUUUUUAUUGUCUCUCUCGCUUUUCGCGAGGAAAAGCAAAAAACCUCUAGUUAAUGAAGCGCGUGAGGAGGAGAAGAAGAAAAAAAACUGGGUUGAAUAGUGGGAGGGACAUUAUAGGCAAAAAAGUAUAAUAAUAUCAAUGUGGUGAUGAAUAAUGUGGAGAAAGUUAGUAGAAUUACAAUCCAUGUAGCGUAGAGGAAAUCUAGUGUUAAACAAGUAUAGCAAGGCUGAAGAAAAUGGUAUGUUACAUGAGAACAAAUUCUCAGUGAGGCUCUCACACCAAAAAAAAGAAGAACAAGAAGAACAUGAAGAGAAGAUACAUUGAUCAACUGUUGAUUAGACACUGCAAACGCUCAAUUUCAUUGUAAUAAUGCAUUAAGAAAAGUGUAAAUAAAUAAUUUUAGGCAAAAAAAAGUUGAAAUAAUUGUUAAGACAUCAACGAAUAAACCUUGAAAAUCUCUAGACACAGUCCUUUAGCAGAAGAAGCAGAAGAGCAAAGCAAAAAGAUUGCUAACCAAGAAGAGCAAGACAAAAGAAGUGAAUGAAAUUGGAAAGACGAAACUCUAGAAUUUAUAAAAUAAUAACUGUAAUAAUCCCUAUACAUCACUUUCAUUAAUGCCAUGUACAAUUAUUUUGAAUUUUUCUUUGAGUUUCUUGUUGGAAAUUUAUCGCCCUUGGUUACAAACAAUUCAAUAAAGAAGAAAAAAGAAACCAAUUUUUUGUAGAUAAUGUGUUUAGGCGAUAAGAGAAAACAUGCACCAACUUUUCACUUUAUAAAAAGGAAUUAUAUAACGAAAAGUAGUUGCAGGCUUUAGAAUUAUUCGGUAGUUAGACGAUUAAAAAGAGAAGUCCGUAAUUCCAUGAGAUGAUUUUCGGUAAAAAAUAAAAGAAGAAAACUCAAAAGUA